GUAUGUAUAUAUGGGCCUUUGUUUCCUGACAAUAAAUGACUUAUAAAGCCCGACCGGAAAUAUACUUAUGAUCAUUGUCAAGAGGGCGUUGCUAUUCGCAUGUAUAGGGUGACAGUUCAGUUAAGCAUGAAAAAUUUAGUUCCAAUGAAAUUCCGCAAUAUGGCGCGUGAUCAUAUAUUACUGGUCAGGCUUUAACUACACUCGAUUUGAAAAAGAAUACCGUGUUUAAACCUUUUUAUACUCGUCUUCCAGAGUUUAAAAAUCAGGCCAGGUGGCCAGGUGGUGUAAGAGAGAAACAGUAUGAGGUUUCCCUACAUAUGUUUCUGUUGUCAGGGUGUCUUACCACCUGACCUUAACAGUUUUAUUUCUACAAUUUGUCCAACCGAUCUUUGUUUUUAGUACAAAAUUGGAUACAAAAGCACAGCUCAAGUAACGGCACUAUAAAAGGAUCCUGCGGGAUAGAUUGCAAUCUUAACGGCCGCGAAUAUGAAUCCACAGUUAUUCUUUUGUUGACGAAGAUUCGACCUGUCAAUCGCAAACAUCUUUAUCAAAACCCUAUGACAACAAACAAUCUAUAAGCCCCCGUAAACAUGACGUAACAAUACUAUCAACCACAAUGCCGACCAAUCGCCGCGCAGAUAUACGGGCUCUUUUAUUUGACAACUUAUUGUUGUCCGCCAUUAUAGUACCUGUCGUUUUUUUUUUUUUUACGGAAACGGACAUAGGAAGGAGGUGUUCUGCCAGUAUGCAACUGAACCUGUCCGAGUGAGGUGCAAUUCUAUUUAUGAAUAAUCAGUUACGUAUUUGAGUGCGGAUUAGAAGGUCGUUGAGUUUUUAUUUAUUAAUAUUUUUAAAAUGAAGUAUCCCUGCAGGAAGAAUUUGGCACGAUUCACGAGCGAUAUGUUUAUGGAUUUACCUUGCCGCAAAGACCAGCGGCCCGCGCCGCUCGACGCGGCGGCCAUCAUGAAAGAAAAGAGCAAAAAUGCUGCCCGCUCCCGAAGAGAGAAAGAGAACGCAGAGUUCCUGGAGCUGGCUAAGCUCCUCCCACUUCCGGCUGCCAUUACGUCACAGCUGGAUAAAGCUUCCGUCAUCAGACUGACCACCAGCUACUUGAAGAUGCGACAGGUCUUCCCAGAUGGUCUGGGUGACGCGUGGGGCGCAUCACCGCCACCUCCUCAGCCAAGAGAACUCUCCAUUCGGGAGCUAGGCAGCCAUCUACUCCAGACUCUGGACGGCUUCAUCUUCGUGGUGGCGCCCGAUGGCAAGAUCAUGUACAUCAGUGAGACGGCGUCAGUACAUCUUGGACUUAGUCAGGUGGAGCUGACGGGCAAUUCCAUAUACGAGUACAUCCACCAGGCCGACCAUGAGGAGAUGAGCGCUGUACUCAGCUUACAACACCCCCACUCCUACCUCGGCCACCAGUACCCGAGUCUCGGUUACCCUGUGGGCGGCACGUGGGGUCCCUCCGUGGACAUCGAGUGUGAACGAGCAUUUUUCAUCAGAAUGAAAUGUGUGCUGGCCAAGCGGAACGCUGGACUCACCACUUCUGGAUAUAAGGUGAUCCACUGCUCCGGGUACCUGCGCGCGCGUCGCUUCGGCGAGGGCGCGGCGCCGCUCGGCCUCGUCGCCGUCGGGCACUCCCUGCCGCCAUCUGCCGUCACGGAACUCAAACUACACAGCAACAUGUUCAUGUUCAGAGCCAGUCUGGACAUGCGACUCAUAUUCCUCGAUGCCAGGGUGGCGUCGCUGACGGGCUACGAGCCGCAAGACCUGAUCGAGAAGACGCUGUACCACUACAUCCACGGCACGGACGUGCUGCACAUGCGCUACUCGCACUGUACACUAUUAACAAAAGGACAAGUAACGUCCCGCUACUACCGGUUCCUCACGAAGGCGGGCGGCUGGGUGUGGAUGCAGAGCUACGCGACUAUAGUGCACAAUAGCCGGUCUUCCCGACCACACUGCAUAGUCUCCGUCAACUAUGUGCUCAGUGACAUCGAGGAGAAGCACCUGAUCCUGAACCUGGAGCAGGGCGCGCCCAGGCUGCACGCGGCGCCCCCCCCGCCCCCCGCGCACCCCGCCCCCGCCCCCGCGCCCGCCCCGCACGUGCUCCGCGCCGACAAGCUCAACCACGUCGCGCUAGACAACGAAUUCAAUGGGGAUUCAAGUGGUGGAUACCAGUAUUCCGAGUACUUGCCAGUAUUACCUCCGUAUGAGGAAGAUUAUCAUCAGAACGGUACGUACCACGAACUGUUCUACAACGAAAACUAUACGGAACCAGAGGUGGCCCCUAAUUAUAUGCUCCCGACAAACCAGCGACCGUAUUCAGCCAGUUCCUCCUCAUGCUCCUCAAUGGAAAGUUCAACAGAAGUCGCGAAUCAACAAUAUAACUACACGAAUUUAAUAUCCUUCUACCCUAAUCAGACGCAAAAUGGCCGACCGCUUGACAAUUUUGGCGGGAAUUUUAGCAAAAUGGCGGCGAGCCCCGCUGUCACGGAAGGUUACACUUCUGUCAUAGUUGACAACACACAGCAGUUCCACCAUCAUGGCGGCGGGGUCAAUGAGUUCGUGCACUGAUGACGCGAAAACUAGUUUUGAGGUUAUCAAAUUUAAAGUAGAGACCAAGCUAACUUUGAGCAUCAAUGACAAAGUGAGGAAGUCAUCAUUAAUGCGAUAUUUAACGGAUAUAAUGACACACUCACACUUUGUUGUGCAAAGUUGGCUUUAAACGGACUCUAAGCACGGAUUAUCGAGUUAUUUGAGGCUAUGUGUCGAAAGACGAUUGUAUAGACUUACAAACUUGCCAAAUUGUAUUCUUCUUAGUUCUUAUAUUGAUUUAGGAAGAAAUUUAGAAAUUACUGAUUUUGAAGGUACUGUGAGUUUUUUUAUUUGCAUACAGUUAGUAACCUUUUCCAAAGGAACAAUCGGUUGUGUAACUGAAACUAUAGGUUACAAAUAAAUGUAAUAGAGUCAGACCAAGACAAGUCUGCAGCGAUUUUGAUAGAACACGCAGCGCAAGUGUUAUUUUAAACGUCAAAUCGUUCGUUCUAUGAAAUUUAGACGUAUAAAUAACACUUCGUGUGCUAUCAAAAUCGUUGCAGAUUUAUCUCGGCCCAACUCUAUACUCUGUAUUUUAGGUAUUUAAAUAAAAGUAAACAAAUAAUUUACUACUUACUUUACAAUACAACAAUUUACUUUAUUUAUUUUCGGGUAUAAUAUUUAUUUUACAGUACAUAUGGGGCUACUUUAUAGCACUAGUGCGAGAAGUAGCAUAUUACGUUACUGUGUCGAACAUUUAAAGGGCCAUAUGUACUGUAAAACGUUGUACGAUACAUGUGCGAAUAGGUAAUUCGCAACUCGUGUCGAUUUAAAACACUCCCUUCGGUCGUGUUUUAAUUUAUCGCCACUCGUUUCGAAUUUCCUAUUUUUCGCACUUGUAUCGUAAUGUACUAGUUUAACCAACCAAAUACAAAACCGCCUGGAUCUGUCAUUGACCUGACUUUAACCUACAUUAUUUGAUCAUGUAAUAUUUUCAUCUACCCUCAACUGGCUUAAGGAGCCAUUUGAGGGUAGAUUUUGUUUACUUUUAUUUAAAUACCUAAAGAUAUAAGAGCAUAAAGUAGGUAUUUGCGAAAAUGUAGCUUUAUUGUAUCGCAUUAUAUUUUAAAAUAUAACUUUCAUCUUGCCUGAUUGUUGUAGCGUGUAAGUGAAUUGUAAAUAGUGUUGUAAAUAAAUUUUAAGUUUAUAAGUUUAAUAUAAGCCAUAUAUUUAUAGAUAUAAAAUAUAAUAUAAUUAGAUCUGA